AUGCCUGCACAACAAAUCUUCUCUGCAAAAGCCCUGGUAGGGGUUUGGCGCAACCUUCGCAACACUCGCGACAAAAAUGACUUUUACCUCACGCUUCAAUACCACCAAGACGACGUACGAGCUUCCAAGGGCAAAAAAUACGGCAAGACAAACGUGGUUGAAACGACCUCAGAACUCGAAGAUGGAAAGGCAGUGGAUGUUAGCGGGAAGAGCAUCAGCUUUGUGGUUCCAUGGCGGAGCAUGCAGGCGCAGAGACGAGAACUGAGAGAAAAAGAGAAAGAGCUUGCCGAAGCUCUAGUCAUGCUUGCUGGCGAGGUCUCAUUUACAGAUCUAUCUCCGACCCUCCAAGCUUCCCUCACGCAAAACCCCCUCGUACAAAUCCGCCAUCUAGCUGCCGGAAUCAGUCGCCAGAUGUCAAAAGUCGAAAUCCAGAUGGCAGACAACGCGCCCUUCUCGCACGGAAAGAACAUCUACACCGGUGGAGAAAUAGCACGCAAGUUCCUCCCAGCCAUACAAACGCUCUUCGAUCAGCGUCCAAUACCGCAGCGUAUGAUCUUUGAGCUGCUCAUGGAGCUCAAGGAUCUCAUCUAUAUGGGCAUGGCGGACUGCAGCAAAGAGGUGCUCGAGUGGGAGAUAGAUGGCCCAGCCAUUGGCGCUCUUGAAGAGAUGGAUGAUGCCUUUGCUCGAGCCAUCACACCGGUUCCUACAGCUGUGGAGGAUGGGCAUAUGCCUUCUAGAGAGCUGGGACCAGGGCAAAAGAGGGUACUUCGGCGAAAAGCAUCGUCACUAUCUUCUAUUACACUCUCAAAGCCGCAACAGCCUUUCCUUACAUCCUCGACUAUUGAACUACUCUACACUCUCGAAUCGCUCGAGACUACCGCUCUGGCCCUGACGCAUCUAUCGGUCCCGAUACCUGAUUUUUGCGCACACUCGAUCAUCACCCUGCGACGCUUCUCUCCUCGUCAGACACUCACCGAAUUCUCUGCCAACAAAAAAAGAAGAUCUGGUCGAUGCGCAGAGUACGCUCGGUGCAUGAAAUGGGCAAGUACCAACUGGCGACAAGGCGGUGGGUGUAGACGUGGUUGCAAGAAUGAGGACGAAGAUUCAGAGAAUCUCCCUAGCUGGCACAGAAGCAGUCGCUGGUUUGACGGAAAUGGUGAUGGCACACACAUGGUUGGCGGUGGUAGACCAGAGGAGCUUGAAGCCAUCAAAGAGACUUGA